AGACCACACACAAAUGUGUAUGUGUAUGUGUAUAAUUUAGACAAAACGCAGAGAGAGAGAGAUCCUUGCUAAAUUAACCGGUCGUCUAUGGCGGCGGGAAAGGCAGCUCUUCUAGCGUGGCGUAUACCAUCGGCGAGGCAUGCCUCUACGUCGCCGUUUCCAGUUCUUCAGCUGCCGGCGGCGGUUGAGAAUGGGCAGAGCGCCGUAUGGGGUGUGAGAAAGAGGAAAACAGAGGAUGUCUCUGUCUCAGUCUCCUUCAAUCCUUCUGGCAAUUUCGACAUCUCUGCCUUCGAAUCUCACGACGAUACGGAGAAAGUGGAACCUCCGAUGCCUCCGACGAGCGGCCGGUACGAAGUAGUGAUCGACAACGAGAGUAUAAGGCGGCUUGAUUUAUCUCCGUUUCAGACAGGCACAGGGAUAACCUCACCUUCAAGGGCUGAGCCAAGAGAGUAUUUGGAAAGAACGAUCGGAUUCACGAUAAACUACAAAAGAGAGGAGGCAGGGGACCCGCGUGAGCUGUCGGAGUACCCGGACAUAAGGCUGUGGUUCGUGAGGCUGGAUGCGAUGUACCCUUGGCUUCCUCUUCUUCUUGACUGGCGAGCCGGAGAGCUUGCUCGUUACGCCGCCAUGCUUGUCCCUCACCAGAUGAGCUUGAGGAUGGGUGUCGUUUUCAACCCCGAGGCUCUUGAGCUCUUCGUCAUGAACAAAGUCUUCGUCGUUUAUCCAUGGCUCAAACUCCACGGUGUCCCCAAGCCCAGGCUGAAGACCUCCCACAUGGCCAGGAUGCUCGGCUUCGGUCUCGGCGAUGAGCUCUUUGACUUGAUCGAUCAUCCUCCUCCUCUCCAAUAAUAUUAACUAACUUAUAUAUUUUUGUUAUUCUCUAUCUACAUUUGUAUCUAUGUGCCAUGAUGGCUAACAUAAAUCGUUUCUGUGCUCAUCUACCUCACCGCCUAGCCUCACU